GGAGUUGACGAUGAUAGCGGGAAUUUUCAUGUCAGAUGGAACAUUACUUUUUGUAUAUUUGUUAUGGAAUUCCCACUUCCGAAGAAAAAGCUUCUAUUAGUAAUUUCAUAUUGUCGUUGGUUCCACAGCAUAACAUUUUAAGUCAUUUACAUUCAGAAGGAUUUCCACUUGAUUUUCUGAAAUGUAGUUCCGUCUAUUUCUCUGCAUUAAAUUCUUAUUUAAAUGCAGAAGAGAAUAUAGAAUGGAAUAGAAAGGAUUCUGAGGUAAAUGUAAAUGAUUUCGUCUUAUAUGUGCUUGAGCAUAUACCAAAAGAAAAGGAAAUUGAUAAUCAGGACAAGAGCCCAAUCCUAGCUUCACACAUACAUUGGCUUGCUGAUCAACUUCCGUCUUGUGGUUCACAUAAACUGGAAGUCAUUUUACACUCUGAUAUUUUGAUAAAUUUUUCAGUAAGUGAAGAUGCUGAAUUUGCUUCAGCAUUAUAUCGUCUCUUCAGAUGGCAUGGAGCUCAUACAACUAUUUUGCAAGCUGAAGAAUCUGAUGAUACAAAUAUCAAGAAAUGGUGUGAAAUCAUGGAUAUGGAAUUUCUUGAAGACUCAACUAAUCAUACAUUGGGACCUUCUGUAUGGAGAGGGGAUUUGCGAUUUUUAAAUCCUAAUCAAACUGAAUCCUCAUUCAUCUACCCUGGAUUUCAACUUAGGCUUGACUUUAAUGAAAGUGAAAUUCAUUUAAAUAGCUCAAAUCUAACUGAUUAUGAACUUUCAGAAAAUGAUCACCUGAUUUUAUCGCCUGAAAUAUUGUUAGUUGAUGAAUGCAAUUUUGCAUCAAUACCAGUUUACCUGUUUCCACCUAUUUCUUUUAGACUAUCAGUAUCACUGCCUAAUAUGUUUAAUGAAAGAUCAAUAAAGCUUUUUCAGUCUCUGAAAAAUAGAAAAGAGGUAGCAUUUAUUGUUCAAAUGGGAUAUUCGAUUGCUACAAAUAAACCAAAACCUGAUAGAUCACUGAGCACUGUAAAAUGGCAAAAAAUGAUUUUAUCUGGUGAUAUUAAAUUUCCUGAUAUUGCUAGGCCAGUUGUAGAACGUCACAUGUGUUUUGCCAUAACCAAGUCUUCUACUUCUGAAAAUAUAAUUGCAUUUCCCUUGAGAGAUUCAACAAAUUUAAAUGCAAAAAUUAGUUUUUUAACGAUUGAUUUAUUAAAUUUCAAACAAAGCUCAAAUUUUAAUUAUGAAGCUGAUGGUCCUGCUGAUUAUACAGAAAUUAAACUUCCAUGUCUGGAUGAUAAACUAUCUUAUUCACUUAUGAACAAGAUUAAUUGUUUGAAAAGAAAAAAGAUUGACACAUGUGAUGGCAAUCAAAACAACUUGAAUGGGGAUCUGCAAUCAUAUCUUCUAAUGCUUCAAAAAACUUCUUUAAAACAAUCAGCAUAUUGUCUUUUAUUUGAAGAUGUAGAUUCAUAUUAUAUUUCCCAUGAUCGAACUGACCCUGUAGAUUGGCCAGAAAGAAUACAUCUUUUACAGAAGCAAUUACAGGUGGAAGAAAGCAAGCAAAAUAUGCUCCCACGUUUUCUCCAUAAUCUUACCCCUCAGAAAUCUGAAGGCAAUGUUUAUCUCUCCAGUGAAGAUGUCAGAAAAUAUUUUAAGUCAUCAGGGGAGUCUAAAGAUAUAACACAUCCUGUUCCAGUAUCUCAAUUAAAUUAUAAAGUAAAGCAUGUUAAUGUGGAUUUGGAGACAAUGUUGAAUUCUAGAUGGCCAGAAAUUAUCAAAUGUAUAUAUCAUGAUGUAUAUUACAAUAUUGACAAGCAAAGUGAAGAAAAGGAAUCUGUGGGAAAUAAUAUGGCACAACUUUAUGUACAACAUGAUACUGCUACAUCCUGUAACAAACAACAAUUAAACCCAAAUACAUCAAUCCUUGUUAGGACUUCAGUUCCAGCACCUAAACAAAAAUGGAGAAGUCCUUUGAAACAAAGACCAAUUCCAAAAAAAAGUCAGAAUUUGGUUUACAAAACAUACAUUGAUAGCAGUCAAACAUUAGCUUCCAAAUCAAGAAAUGAUUCUAUUGUUGCUCUACCUGCAAGUGCUUCUAAUACAAAUCAAAAACCUGGGAGAAGGCAACUAAUAAAAAAAGCUGCAUUGCCAAUGAGAUGCAGUCCUAGAAAGAAAAAGGCAGUGAUGUAUUCUGUGAAAUCAAAAAAACCUAAUCUUAACCUGCCAAAGCAAAAAAGUACAAUGACAAAAUCAAAUACUAAUCGACAGAAGCAGAGCAGUACAGCAGAAAAAUCUAAUUUAAGCCAACAAAACAUAUCAUUAACACCUGAAGAAGAAAUUGCAAAGAAGAAACUUCGAGUAGCUGUUGCUUCAGCUUUGGAAAAAAAUGCCAUAAACUUAGGAAAUGCACUUUUUCGACCUUGUUUUAAAAAACUCUUCACAAUUUGUCAAGCUUUUGUAAAAGACAUACCUCGUAAAAAAGGAAGUACUAGCCAAUAUAUGCAAAAGAUUGCUGAUGCACAUGUUAAGCAAGUUAUUGAGUUUGAGAAGCAAAAGUGAACACCACUUCAUCAAAUCCAUGUAUAAAUGUACAUACUGAGUUUUUAAUUUUUAUGACUUUAAAAUUUGGCUCUUCAAGAGUAUCUUUGACAGGUUUUAUACAAAUAAAUCUUUUUACAAAUUUGUA